CACGCCGCCUGCGCCCCCACACCCACGCCGCCUCCUCUCUCCCCUUCGCGAGCACCGGCGGAGGACCGACGAUGGUGCUGCCAUUGAUGAAGCUCGGCUUGCUCGCGUUCCGGACGCUGAGCAAGCCCGUCGCCAAUAAACUCAAGCGCAACGCCGGCAUCCACCCCAGGUUCCGCGGAUUCAUCAUCGACGUCGCGCAGGCAAACCAUCGUUUAGCAACAAACAUGCAGAGGCGACUUAUUGGACGUGCAACUGACAUUCACAUUCGGCCCCUGAAUGAAGAGAAAGCUAUUCAAGCUGCUACAGAUCUUCUUGGUGAACUGUUCAUUUUCUCGGUUGCUUGUGGUGCAAUAAUCUUUGAGGUUCAUAGAAGUGGCAAGUCAGAAGCCAGAAAAGAAGAGGCCCGUAAGAAGGCGCUCGAGGAAAUAAAGGAGAAGAUGGAGGAGCUCGAGAGGGAAAAGCAGAUGAUGAAGCUGAGGGUGGCCGAGGUGGAGCGGGUGACCGGGGUAGGGGGCGGGUGGCCGUGGGUUCUUCCAAGGGCCUUUACUUCCGGCGCCGCCCAGGCAGAGCCAGAGCCAGAGCCAGAGCCAGCAGCUCAGCAGCCCACGGCUGCUUAGCUGCCGAUGGCAGAUGCAGAUCGCCUCUGUAGGCAGUUCCUUGAAUGAUUCCAUCGCGUUUGCAAACCAGCGCUGAGAUUUGUGUAGCGCGUGUUGUGAAUAGUGUGUCCCGAGAGGUUUGGUCUGAAUUGGAGCUGUCGAUGGAGGAUGAUAUCCCUUUCUUUUUUUGACAUCAGAGGAUGAUAUGUUCCUGGUGGUAAUGAGGUGCCUGGAAUUGUAGUUACUUCGUGUUCAGACUUCAGAGUAAUACUAAUAUUAGAGAGCAAUCAAGGUAACAACUCAAGUGGUAAUAUCUUCUGGCAUGAAAGUGAUUUUUAAGGACUCUGGUAUUGGACUAUUAGCAGAACACAGAAGGAACAUCGAGAGGAAGCUCGUUCAACGUCCAUCCACAAACGUAUU